CCUUGCCUACGGCCGCUCCCUCCGCCUCCUCCCCGCCCCGAGCCCCAGUCCGCCAGUCCUUCCUUCCCCUCCCGUGCAUGAUGGAAACACCAUGGCUGCGGCAGCCCAGCUCUCCCUGACACAGUUAUCAAGUGGGAAUCCUGUAUAUGAAAAAUACUAUAGACAGGUUGAUACAGGCAAUACUGGAAGGGUGCUGGCUUCAGAUGCUGCUGCUUUUCUGAAAAAGUCAGGGCUUCCAGACUUGAUACUUGGAAAGAUUUGGGAUUUAGCUGACACAGAUGGCAAAGGCAUCCUGAACAAACAAGAAUUCUUUGUGGCUUUGCGUCUUGUAGCAUGUGCCCAGAAUGGAUUGGAGGUUUCACUGAAUAGCUUGAACUUGGCUGUUCCUCCACCAAGAUUUCAUGAUACCAGUAGUCCUUUACUAACCAGCGGAACCCCUGCAGCUGAGCUUCCAUGGGCUGUUAAAAGUGAAGAUAAGGCCAAAUAUGAUGCAAUUUUUGAUAGUUUAAGCCCAGUGGAUGGAUUUUUGUCUGGUGAUAAAGUGAAGCCAGUGUUGCUCAACUCUAAGUUACCUGUGGAAAUCCUUGGAAGAGUUUGGGAAUUGAGUGAUAUUGACCAUGAUGGAAAGCUUGACAGAGAUGAGUUUGCAGUUGCCAUGUUUUUGGUAUAUUCCGCAUUGGAGAAAGAACCUGUGCCAAUGGCCUUGCCUCCAGCCUUGGUGCCACCUUCUAAGAGAAAAACGUGGGUUGUAUCCCCUGCAGAAAAAGCUAAGUAUGAUGAAAUCUUCCUGAAAACUGAUAAAGAUAUGGAUGGAUUUGUAUCAGGAUUGGAGGUCCGUGAAAUUUUCCUGAAAACGGGCUUACCAUCUACCUUACUGGCCCAUAUUUGGGCAUUAUGUGACACAAAGAACUGUGGGAAACUUUCAAAGGAUCAGUUUGCCUUGGCUUUCUACUUAAUCAAUCAAAAGUUAGUAAAGGGCAUUGAUCCUCCUCACAUUCUUAAUCCUGAGAUGAUUCCACCAUCAGACAGGACCAGUUUGCAAAAGAACAUCAUAGGAUCAAGUCCUGUUGCAGAUUUCUCUGCUAUUAAGGAGCUAGAUACGCUUAACAAUGAAAUAGUUGACCUGCAGAGGGAAAAGAAUAAUGUGGAACAGGACCUUAAGGAGAAAGAAGAUACUAUUAAACAGAGGACAAGUGAGGUUCAGGAUCUUCAAGAUGAAGUUCAAAGGGAAAAUGUUAAUCUGCAAAAACUACAGGCUCAAAAGCAGCAAGUACAGGAACUCCUUGAUGAACUGGAUGAGCAGAAAGCUCAGCUGGAGGAGCAACUCAAGGAAGUCAGAAAGAAAUGUGCUGAGGAGGCCCAGCUGAUCUCUUCUCUAAAAGCAGAAAUAACUAAUCAGGAAUCACAGAUCUCCACUUAUGAAGAAGAAUUGGCCAAAGCUAGAGAAGAGCUAAGUCGCCUGCAACAAGAAACAGCAGAAUUGGAGGAGAGUGUGGAGUCAGGGAAGGCUCAGCUGGAACCUCUUCAACAGCACCUACAAGAUUCACAGCAGGAGAUCAGUUCAAUGCAAAUGAGACUCAUGGAAAUGAAAGAGCUGGAAAAUCAUAAUAAUCAGUCAAAUUGGUGCAGUAGUCCACACAGCAUUCUUGUAAAUGGUGCUACAGAUUAUUGCAGCCUCAGUACAAGCAGCAGUGAGACAGCCAACCUUAAUGAACAGGUUGAAGGCCAGAACAACCUGGAGUCCGAGCCCAUACAUCAGGAGUCUCCAACAAGAAGUAGUCCUGAAAUAUCACCUGAUGUGAUUGAUGAAAAUGAAGUGGUACCUGCAUCUGUUAAUGAAAAAGUUUGUCCUGAAUUUGACAAUGACAGACAUGCAAAAGAGGAAGAUCCAUUUAAAUCAGAAUCAAGUUCACUGACAGGUCCAGUUGCAGAUACAAACUUGGAUUUUUUCCAAUCUGAUCCUUUUGUUGGCAGUGAUCCUUUCAAGGAUGAUCCUUUUGGGAAAAUUGAUCCAUUUGGUGGUGAUCCUUUCAAAGGUUCAGAUCCAUUUGCAUCUGACUCUUUCUUCAAGCAGUCUUCUACUGAUCCUUUUGCCACUUUAAGUAACGACCCUUUUAGUGCAUCCAGCCAGAGCAAUAAUACAUCAGUAGAAACAUUGAAGCACAAUGAUCCUUUUGCUCCUGGUGGGACAAUUGUUAUUGCAGCAAGUGAUUCAGCCACAGACCCCUUUGCUUCUGUUUUUGGAAAUGAAUCAUUUGAAGAUGGAUUUGCUGACUUCAGCACAUUGUCAAAGGCAAACAAUGAAGAUCCUUUUAAUUCAGCCACAUCAAGCUCUGUCAACAAUGUGGUCACUCCAAAAAAUGUGUUCGAUGAAACAUCCAUCAAGAGUGAAGAUGUACCCCCAGCACUGCCACCUAAGACGGGAACUCCAACAAGACCCUGCCCACCACCACCUGGGAAAAGACCCAUCAACAAAUUGGAUUCUUCUGAUCCCUUUAAAGUGAAUGAUCCAUUUCAGCCUUUCCCAGGCAAUGAUAGCCCCAAAGAAAAAGAUCCUGAUAUGUAUUGUGAUCCAUUCACUUCUUCUACUUCCACUACCAAUAAAGAGGCUGACCCAAGCAAUUUUGCUAACUUCAGUGCUUAUCCCUCUGAGGAAGAUAUGAUUGAAUGGGCCAAGAGGGAGAGUGAGAGAGAGGAAGAGCAAAGGCUUGCCCGACUGAAUCAGCAAGAACAAGAAGACCUAGAACUGGCUAUUGCACUCAGCAAAUCCGAGAUAUCAGAAGCAUGAAGAAUUCUCUUGUCCUUUGUCUACAAUACUCUUCUUCCUAAAUAUUGAUGCUAUUUACCAUGUAUAUCAAAACUACCUGUGAGCAUGGGAAUACAAAAGGUUUGAGAUUCCUGUAAAUGUGACAAAAGUCUAGGUUUUUUCUUUUGUACUCUCAGAUUUGACUUUUAUUAUUUCUUCUAAAAGCAGUAACCUAAUCAGACAGCUUUACCUAGGCCCCUGUUCUGGUGUGCAUUUACUGUGAGCUUCAGCCUGCCUAUGCUACUUUUACUUGUAAAGCUAGAGCAUCCAAGCUUCUGCCUUCUGGAAUGUAGAGAAAUAGUUUCACCCCAUGCUACCUUUGUUCUGUGGUUAUUCUGAUUAGAGUUAGUGGAGUUUAUAAAGUUUGCAGUAUUCUCCCUUGAUUUGAAUGGUUGAAGGAGAGGAAGAGAACAAACAUCGCAUUUCUUUUAUGAUUGAUGUAAAUUGGCUAGUAUAAAGUACAUUUUUGUAUAUCCUUGGAGUACAAAUACCAUUUAAUUUGUUUUUUAGAGAAAAGGAAAAAUAUUUUGCAUCAAUCUACUCCACUAUUGAAAAAAGGAUGCUUUAGAUAGAACGAUUUUAACUUAAAACUUAAAUUUUUCCUAAAUAAAAAACAUUAAAACCUCAUGUGGAAAUACUUUUUUUAAAACAAUUUUCUGUGGAUUUAAGGAAUUUUAGGUCAACAGAUACCUCUCCAUAAAUUUGCUAAUUAACAAAAUCAGUUUCUUACAAGAAAGUUUGUAAGAAAAUGUCCAUUUUAAGUGCCAGAUGUGAAGAAAAUUGAUCACUUAAAAUGUACCCAUCAGUAUAAGGUAAGCACAAAUCUUAAUUAACAUGCAGCUGUUCUGCCUUUGCAGUGGCACUGUCCUCUUGAGUUCAUUUAGUUUACUAUUAUACUUUUGCAGAAGAAACAUUAGCAAGCUACAACUGGAAGGUACUUUAAUUUUUCAUGUAUAUUUUUGUUUUCUUUAAUGAAGGCUUAACUACUUGAAAUAUAAAAACUUUCACUGAAUACAAAUAGGAAGGGUGACAUGUAUUAUACCAUAUUGCUUUUUGUCUUUGUAGUUUAAAUUAGUUUAUUUACUUCAUGUUUUUCACCUAUAAAAAGGGCAACCUAGAUUUUUUUUUUUUUUUUUAAUUGGAAGGGAAAAGAGCUGCCAAAUUUUCAAAACUCCUUACAUUUUAAAAUCCCAUCUUUAAAACUAACCUAGCAGGCAAGCUGAAUUUGAAAUAGAUUGUGAAGGCUGUAUAUUGUAAUCUUCUUUUUGCACAUGAGUUACUGAGUUAGAUAAUGUAUUAAAUAACAGAUAAAGAAAAAUGUACCUAAAACCUAAUUUAAAUUCUCUGGGAUCAACAAGUCAAGGUGGUAUUGAUCUGUGAUAAUCAGAGUAACUUAUUGCUUAGACUAUAAGUAAAUUCCAAAAUAUCUAAUUCAUAUGAUCUUGAAAUGGUGCUUUUCUUCUUUCCACACACAAUUGGAUGGCUGGAGUUUAAAACAAACCACUUCCUGUACUGCUAACUUUUUUCUAAUUUUUUAUAUAAAAACAUUUCAACAUAAAAGUCAUAUAUGAAGCAAGGGCUGAAUCAUAAUCACAAGGCUUUAAUUUUGAUAAACUAAUCCAGUGACCUAAGGAUUUAGGCAAGUUAGCAAAAGUUGAUUGAGAAGGUAGUGUUGGGAAUUGCUGGUAGGUGGUGUUUUCUGUUUUAUUUUUUUUUUUUUUUCCUCCUUCCCCUUACUCUUUGAGAAAAAGGUAAGUUGACUUGAACAACCUUCUUUUGCACUGGGAAAAUGAACAAAUGUUUGAAAUGCUUUUAAAAUAUUUUUUUUUAAUUAAAAAAAACACUCUGGAAAAUAUUAAAUAUCUGUAACUUAUGAACACCAACUUUCAAUGUAAUAAGUGUACCCUAAUCUUAUGUAUGUUUAACUGGAUUAUAUAGAUUCUUAUCUUUUGUUAAAAUAUAUAUACUCAGUGGACCAAUAUAAUAUUAAAAUAUGUAUAUAUUAUAUAAAUAUAUAUCUUUAUCUCCAUGCUUGCUUGUGUAGGUUGAAUGUCUUAUGGUCAUUUGUGAUAUUUUAUGUUGUUGACCCUGGUUUCAGGGCCUGUAAUUAAAAAGGACAGAUAAGUAUUUCUGAGAGCUAAGUGGCACUACUUACAAAGUUUUAACCAUCUUCUACAUACUGAUUCAGCUUUAUUUGGGUUCUCUAAAUUUUUCUCUUGCAUUUCGAACUUCUAAAUUGUAGCCUGUAAUUAUGACAAUAAUAUACUUUAAGUAAUAAUAAAGCAUACUAUCCACAUA